AGAAGGCUGUGGUUGGAGCAGCUGAGCAGUGAACAUUUAUUAAUCAGCUGACGUAAAAUAGGUUAGCAGUGAGUUAACAGUUAACAUUUUAUAUUGUAAUAAGAUUAAUAAUUAUUGUACUGUCAUUCUCAUAAUUUUAUCCUUUGUUAUUGUCAAAUAAAUAUUUUUAAAAUGGUUAACUAUGCUAGAAUAGCGUGCGGAUUCGUUUUUCUAAUAUUUGCAGUGUUUACCUUUAGGGAUAUAUUUGGCGAAACAACUCCUGAAAAAGAAAUUCCAGCUACCAAAGUUGCAGGUUUUAACAAUAAUGUUGGCCCAACGUUGAAGUUCCUUUUCUGUUAUUCGUGUGGAUACAGAAAAGUAUUUGACGACUACACAACUAUAAUACAAGAGAAAUAUCCGGAAAUCAGUAUUCAUGGUGGAAAUUAUGACCCUCCUAGUCAUUUCAUGUUACUUGUCAGAAUUUUGAGCAUUGCAAGAGUGGCACUAAUAAUCUGCAUCAUAAGUGGAGCAGACGUAUUCAACUACUUGCGAAUGCAGCAGCCAUCGUGGUGGCAUUGGUGCCUUGAAAACAAGUUGUAUGCCUGCGUUUUCAUAUUUUUCAUGUGCAAUGCACUUGAAGGUCAUCUCAUUUCAACGGGAGCGUUUGAAAUAACGCUAAAUGACAUGCCAGUUUGGUCGAAACUUGAAACUGGAAGAAUUCCUCAGCCACCAGAAUUGUUCCAAAUCAUCGACAAUCAGAUGCGAUUUGAUGAUCAAAUUGAUAUUAAACGAGGAUUUGCAAAACUGUAACGUUGAUCAUCCGCCUUUUCAUGUGCUAAAACGAUAAAGUAUGUGUUUCAUAACAGGUGUACAUCCAUGAAUAUUGCUGGCGUUCAUUCAUUAAUAAGUAUUGACAAAUAUAUUAUGUUAUCCUUUAAAUGUAACGCCACUAAAUUGACUAUUUGUCAAUAAUUUAUCUUUAUAAAUCGAUUAUAAAAACUCGAAAUUUGAAAAAUCGAAUGCAUUUUCGAAGAUGUUAUUAUUUUUUGUUUUUUGUAUGUUUCUGGUUAUAUUUUGAUUGAGAAUAUUUAUAGUUUUAUUUAAGUUUAGAUAAUCUAUUAGUGAAUUGACUGCAAAGUUGAUAAAUAUAUUUAUUGGUAGACGUUUUGUUAUGAAAUUAUAUCAUAAAUGAAUAUCCCUUUUGAAAUUUUCUAGUAAUGGAAAUUGAACUAUUGUAUUAAUCGUAAUAGUCAUUAGCUUCAAAGUGAAGCUUAUAAGCGUUGAGCAUUAUUUAGUGAUCUAGUUCAAGUUUAGUUUUGGGUGAUGGAUGUUAAAAUAUUCAAUGAUAUCAUUCCCUAAUCAUUUAUAUAAUGAGCAGUUUCAUGCCUGUACGUACAAGCUCUGCCACAGUUUACCCGACUAUAUCAUUUUGAAACCCCAAUGCGAGUGAUUAAAAUAUAUCAUCGAACGUAUUUAUAGUUUUGUUGAGAUACUUAAUCGAGUAUUACUUUAGACCAUUGAAUGAUAUCAUCAGUUGCUUGUACAGGAUUCUUCUGCAAGAAAUACCUCAGAUUAUGUUACUUUCCUUUUUAUAGGAUCAGUUGUUACUAUUAUUAAGUUCUUAUAGAUAAUUACAUAUUUAUAUAGUUUUAUUAUUGUUGUAUUGUCAGCCCUUUUAUUUGGUUUCCCUAGAUGUUGAAAAUUAAGAACGAAUGUUUCUACUCGGUUUGGUUGAAUUGCAUGUUUGACUAUUGUACAGAAACCACAUUAUUAUAUUAGCUUUAAGUCGUAAGCAUAAUUUAUUUAUUUUUUCCGUGCCUCAUCUGAUUUUUCUAGUUUUGAUACUGCUAUCAGGAAGUGAGUACUUGUUCGCAAAGUACAGAAAUGCUUCACUUUCAAACAUACUGAUUCAUUUAGCUUGAAUUACUCAAAAUAGUUUUUUUUGUAAUUGUUCAAAAUUUUCAUAUUCAUUUUAUCAAUGUCUACAGAUAGAUUUGAUAAAAUCUUUUAUAACCACUACUUCUAGCUGUUAUCAGGCUUAUUGACUCAUCCAGAACAUGAAAUCUAUACUCGAAAUAAAAAAAACGAUACAUUGAUACAUAAAAACACAUGAAAUGAUUGGAAUUAAAAAAAAAACGGUUUAUAGCCCUUACUAUUCCAUUCCCAAGUUUUGAUUGAAAAUUAGCCCAAAAGAGGUUAGUGUUAAGAAUCAUGCUUUUUAAAUUAAAUAUUCUACUAAAACGAUUUUAGUUGAUGGUGUUGUUUUACAAUUUGACAAAGUUUUUUGAUUUUUUAAACUAGUUGGUUGGAAUCUAGUCAGAUCCUAAUGAAUAAAAACAAUUCGCCCCCAGAAUUUGUGUGUAGUAAUCCUCAUAGAUGUUUGAUUUGUGUGAGAUGUAUGUUCACAUAUUAUAUGUGAGGAAAUGAAGCUGUGACAAGCUGAGCACUAGAAGAUGGUCCCAAACACAUUAAGCUGCGUACAGACUCGAGCACCACGAGCACGCGCAUUUCACUUUUUAUCAACUAAUUAUAUCUGUAUUCAUACAGAAACUGUAAGGUACAGAUAUAAUUAGCGUAGCAUCAGCUGAUGAAAAGUGAAGUGCCCGUGUUCGUGGCACUCAAGUCUGUACGCAUCUUUUGAUGUUACAUCAUUGUUGUGCAAAAUUGAAUGUUGCUCUGGCCAUUUGCAUUCGGUAGUCGUUCAACUUGCUUGCAUAAGUGUGCUGAUAACCCCCGUUAGUCAGCACUUUUGAAUUGAUUCAGAUGAAGAUACACCAAUUAAUUGUACUUCUACUGCUAAAGCGGUUGUUUCCACAACUUAGAAGAACGAUCGAGAAAAAUCUAGUACCAUAACAGAAGAUGGUCGCAAGAAAAUCGUUGCAGAGACCACCAGAGGCAGUGUUGCUCUUACUUAUCCACAGUCACUUCCUAAGUGACCAUGACUACAUCCAGAGUAGUCCAUAGAAAUAGACUAGAUUCAGAAGUGAGCAAUCUUCCACUGAGUCUAUGCCACCCAUCUGUGAACCCACAGUCAAUAGGACUAACAAGGAAGCUCUUAACAAAACGUUCAGUUGCAGAGAGGUAGCUUCUGCAGCAUCAGUUACAGCAUUUUUGUUCUUGUUAAUAUCCUCAUUUUUGCUCAUUUUUCCCAUGGGUUAACAACUGAAUGACAUGAACCCACUGGGUAAUAACACACAUCUAAAUCAGAACUAUCGCUAGGGAGAACCAGUGAAGGUAGUUUCGAUCAUUUCAAUAGUCUGGAUAAAAAUGCUUAAAAACCCUUGAAUUAUUUAUUACUUUUCCAAAACGUUUUCUACAAGAAAUGCAGCAAAGUCUAUUUGUGUGUGUUAUGUAGCAUAUACGAACAUGAUUAUUUCAAUAUCUGCUUGAAAGUGACUAUUUUAAUGAUUUUAAAUGAGUUUCCAAGAUAAGAAACUUAUGUGAGACCAUUUUAAGGUCGUACCUUAUAAAAUUAAUAUAGAUUAUAUAUGUAUUCAAUGUGAUUUUAUAAAACUAGAUUCAUCACAUAUUUCAAUGCUUUCUGUAAUUUUCCUAAUAACUUGAAUUUUUCCUUAUUUUGGCACUAGAAAAAGUUUUUUCUAAUGUUCUGACAUGUCAUGUUUUUGUUAUUUGUUGUAAAUACAGUGUAUAAUAAUAUAUUAGUUUCGUUGUAGUUCAUCUGUGUGUCGAUUAUAUUUUAUCUCUUCCAAAGUGUGUCUAUCAAUUCAACCCUCUUUUGUUCAUAUUAGCAAUACUGUAUUGAUAAUUAAAAUUAAAUUUGGUACAGUAUUUUUAAAAAUAAAAAUGAAAUUAAAAUAG